AUGACAGCUCCUCCAGCUGAUUUCGAGUAUGAUCUCGUGACAAUUGGGGCAGGGUCUGGUGGAGUACGAGCCAGUAGGAUCAGUGCUCAGCACUACGGGGCCAAAGUUGCAUGUGUUGAGCUUCCCUUUGGUUUCGUGUCCAGUGAUUUCGUGGGAGGGGCUGGAGGAACGUGCGUGAUCAGGGGAUGUGUGCCAAAGAAGCUCCUUGUGUACGGGUCGUCCUUUUCAGAAGAGUUUCGCGAUGCUGCUGGCUUUGGUUGGGCAAUCGACGGAAUGCCUUCACAUGACUUAAAGUCCCUGAUUGAAAAGAAGGGAAAGGAGGUGCAGCGUCUGAAUGGCGUCUACAACAAGCUUCUGAAGAAUGCUGGAGUGGAGCUCAUUGAGGGGCGUGGGAAGCUGCUAAAUGCCAACACGGUUGAGGUGGAGCUGGCCAAUGGCGGAAAGCGUACGCUCCGCACCAAGCACAUCCUGAUGGCCACAGGAGGGAAGCCUGUGAAGGCACCUAUCCCCGGCUCGGAGCAUGCCAUCACAUCUGAUGAUGCCCUCGUGCUGGAUGAGAUCCCAAAGAACAGCAUCGUGAUCGUGGGUGCCGGGUACAUCUCUGUGGAGUUCUCCAGCAUCUACAGGGGCUUUGGGGCGGAUGUGCACCUCAUGUACAGGAAGCCACUGCCACUGACAGGAUUUGAUGAGGAGUGCAGAGGUCAAGUGGCAGAGGAUCUGAAGGGCCGCGGCAUGCAUCUGUACCCCAACACAAGUCCCACAAGGAUUGAGAAGAACGAGGACGGGACCUUCACUGUACACUACAAGUCUGGAGACACAGAGUCCUCAAUCAAGACUGGGCUGGUCAUGUUUGGCACUGGACGCAAACCAAACACGCACGGCAUCGGGUUGGAGGGAGUUGGUGUAAAGCUGGAUGCCAGGGAAGGGAUUCAGGUGGAUGAAUACUCGCGCACAAACAUCCCCAACAUCUACGCCAUUGGAGACGUGACAAACAGGCUUGCCUUGACGCCUGUGGCAAUCAUGGAAGGCAUGGCCUUUGCAGCGACUGUCUUUGGAAACAAGCCGACGCCUCCAGACUACCGCACGGUCCCCUCAGCCUGCUUCGUGCAGCCACCGCUGGCAUACGUUGGCUAUACGGAGGAGGAGGCUGUUGCAAAAUGCUCCGGGGACAUUGAUGUGUACGUGUCCAAGUUUAAGCCCAUGAAGAACACCAUCUCUUUGAGGGAUGAGCGGACCUUCAUGAAGCUCAUUGUCCAUGCGCAGACAGACCAGGUGUUGGGAGCACACAUGGUCGGCCCCGACUCGGCAGAGAUCAUGCAGGGCAUUGCCAUUGCGCUUAAGGCGGGUGCCAAGAAGUCCCACUUUGACUCGACAGUUGGCAUCCAUCCCACUGCAGCAGAAGAGUGGGUCAGCAUGCGCACCAGGGCCAGACGGGUCCAGGGCCAAGGCGCGUCCUCAUGAUGCCACUGCAUGUGGUCCACAGGCCUCAAGGAAGCUUCAUUUGUCCGGCCGAACCCAAGCUCCAGCCUCGCAGCCGCAGCCCAUAUUCUUUUUGAACAGGAUCCUGCACCUGUCAACAUUCAGUUGUGAGUUAAUGUAUGUAAUUUCUGCAAUUUCUUACUGCAUUUGAAUUCAGGUUCGUCAUUGUCUGCAAGUACUUGACAUUCGUGCAUUAAGGUUUGGAAUGCUUUCUUGCGUGGCCCUGGCAAGUGCUGCAUGCUAUCAUGUCAAAUCAAGCAGAGUUUUGUCCUUGGGGCAUAAUGGUCUAAAAAAUUGUGGUGAUCAGUCAUAGUAGCAGUCAAAGGGCUGGCUGUCAAGAGGACGUUUUCGCCUGCAGGGACUGUGUCAUUGGCAUAAAGUUAUUGUCAAGCAUUGACCAUUGGCAUCUUCUAUUCUACAUGCGCGUUGUACAUGUCUUCUGUAGCAGCGUGAGCGGCACAUGCUACACCGAGCCACUACCAAUUGCAGUGCGCAUGCAUGCAGUCGGUGCACCCACGUGGUCUAGGAACAUGGCUGCCAAGUAUUGGUAUUGAAAUUGUGCUGGUGGUGUUCAAUUAGAGAUGUAAAUAUUGGCAUUC